CCUCACCGACGACGUGAGAGGCUGUGGUCACUGCCCAUGGCAACCACUAUAAUAAAGAGAUGUUCUGCGACCCUUCAGAGGCUACGGGGUGCCAGAGGCGUAGACUGCGAGAAUGGCACAUGGCACGGCAUCUCCUAUGGACAGUUCUUGGAAAAUCACCGAGGAAUACCACAUCGAUGAAGAUGUGGGCUUCGCUCUGCCAAAUCCACUGGAAAAGCUACCUGAUGAUUAUAAGGCCUGGAUGGUGAUUGCCGAGCAGCUGCCCGCUCUGAUUGAGAACGGUCAGCUCCGAGCAGAAGUGGAGAAGUUGCCAAUGCUCAGCAUUGAUGGGCUCCCAGGGCACAAGCCGCAGCGCCUGGCGCACCUGGUUCUGGGCUACAUCACCAUGGCGUAUGUGUGGGAUCGAGGUGACGGAGACGUCCGCAAGAUCUUGCCAAGAAAUAUUGCUAUUCCUUACUGCAAACUCUCUGAGAAGCUGGGACUCCCUCCUAUUCUCGUAUAUGCAGACUGUGUCCUGGCAAAUUGGAAGAAAAAGGAUCCCAAUGGGCCCAUGACUUAUGAGAACAUGGACAUUCUGUUCUCGUUUCCUGGUGGGAACUGCGGUAAAGGAUUCUUCCUGGUUUCUCUGUUGGUGGAAAUAGCAGCUGCUUCCGCAAUCAAAGUAAUUCCCAUUAUAUUCAGCGCAGUGCAACACCAGGAUGAGGGUACUCUGCAAAAGGCACUGCUUGAUGUAGCUUCUUCCCUGAAGAAAGCCCUUGACGUGUUUCGCGAAAUCCAUGAACACGUGGACCCACAACUGUUUUUCAAUGUUCUUCGCAAAUAUUUGUCUGGCUGGAAAGGCAACCCCCAGCUGUCAGAGGGUCUGCUGUAUGAGGGGGUCUGGGACACCCCAAGGAAGUUCGCGGGGGGCAGUGCCGCCCAAAGCAGCAUCUUCCAGUGCUUCGACGUCCUGCUGGGCAUCCAGCAGAGCACGGGCGGAGAAUCCGCCGCUGAGUUCCUCCAGGAAAUGAGAACAUACAUGCCACCGGCUCACCGGGACUUCCUUCGCUCCAUAGAGUCGGGCCCGUCGGUCCGGGAGUUUGUGCUGCGGAGGGGCGACGCCCACCUGCAGGGGGCGUAUGAUGAGUGUGUGAAAGCCCUGGUCUCCCUGCGGAACUACCACUUGCAGAUCGUCACCAAGUACAUCGUGAUCCCUGCACGCCGGCAGCCCAAGGAAAGCGAGAAGCCUGAAGAGCCGUCAGGGCUGGAAAACAAAGGCACCGGAGGCACGGACAUCAUGAAUUUCCUAAAGACUGUGAGAAGCACAACGGAGAAAUCCCUUUUGAAGGAAGGAAGGUUAAUGUGAAAACCAAGCAAGGAUACCUUCUGGCAAAGCGAACACACCUGCAUGUGUUCUGUCACUGCUCGCUGUGGCAGACGCCUGCAUUGGUAACGUGCAAUACUCUAUCUGUCACACACUAUCGAAGACUUCAACACAAUUUUUUUUCCUGACAUCUGUGCAUUCCUGGUAGGAAAACAACACAAGAUAAUUAUAUAAGGAAGCUAAAAAUUAAUAUUAGAAGCAUCAUAAGCUAUAUUAUGUCUUUGGAAUAUAAUGAUGAAAUCCAAUAAAUUAAAAAAAUGUAUAUAA